AUGACUAUCGCAGAUCUUCUCACAAAUGAAAUAACUCAAACUUCAUAUUUCGUUCCCAAAUGCUUCGUAAGGAUUGAUGUCGCCCAUUUCAUAAAGAUUUGUAGCAGAUGGACACCAAUAAAAUCUGUUCCCCGAAGAGUAAAAGAAAUUGUUCUCCGUUCUAUUGGACUCUUAAUAAAAAGCCAAUCUAUAGUAGAAAUACGGUCAUUGCUACUUUCGAUGUUUGCGGUUUUUUCAAAUGAAACUGCUGGUAUAUGCUUACGAACAAGACAGGAAACUCCAUGUGAGACACACAAAAAAAAAAUACUUGAAGCUACUUCUUGUGGAUUUAUAGAAUUCGAACAACAGUUUAAUGAUGCAAUAGCAUUAGCAGAAUCUGAGGACGAAGCGCGAACUUUGUUAGAUGAAUUAUAUGAAAACCAAAAUGAGGGUCUGGGUAAUUUUGAAAAUCCAUUCAAAGCAUGGGCAGACAGUAUAUAUAAUGAUAGUGAAAGUUUGGUAAAAGAAGGUUCAACCACAAACCCUCUUUAUAUUCCAGAUUUGGUACCAAUUUUAAUAAAAAUUAUGAAAUUUUUACCAUUAUGGUCAGGAGUGAUGGUACCGAUUUUUGGGUAUGGAGAUGAAAUAUCAAGUUCAGCAGCAGUGGAGUCAAGUUUUAGAAAACUAAAAACUGUCACUUUUAAACACAUAUCUUUACCUACUGAACUCGAAUAUUUUUUAGAAACCCAUAUAACAUCUUUAAAAGGCGCAGCCCUAAUCCGUACACCAAGUAAUAUUAAUGUUCUCUCGUCACCAACUGUGGAAUUGAAUCAAUGCAACUAUGGUAAUGAACAUUCGUCUUCGUCAUUUGAUUGUACAGGGCAAAAUCAAUGGCCUGAUAAAACAUUGAACAUAAUUGAAAAUAAUAACAAUAACGAUGAGUGGUCUUCCUUAAGAUUCAUUGAAGAUAAUCAAAAGUCUCCUUCAGCAUUAUAUGUUGUACGAGAUACUGAAGUUUUCAUAAAUGAAGAAUCAGAUUAUAUACAGGAAAAUGAAGAUUGUGAAAAUCCAUGUAUAAAUGACCAAGAAAGUAAGGCAAGAGAAAGUUGGAACAGGAAAAGCAAUAAAGAACGAAAAAGUAACUCUUAUCUGGUUCCAAAUCCCCAAUUACGUUAUUUACAUAUAAGCAAUUUAAGGAAUAAACAGUCCUUACCUAUAUUAAAAAACGGUUCUCGCUUUGAAGAAUUAAAGAGUACUAAAAACAAAAAUCGAAAAGAAAAAAUUAUAUUGAGUAACACAUGUGCAUUCGAUUCUUUGACAUCACUGAUGAUGGUUUCAUACUGCGAUAGUCAAUUAUAUGCAAAUAAAAUUAAUGACAUAAGGCAAAAUAGUUUUUUUUAA